GAAAUAAUUUAAAUACACACGAUGGACCAAGGAGAAUCGCGAUCGACGAAGUGUCGAGUAAAAGUAAAAAUCUCGAGUUUAAAAAGGCUUUUCAUUCAUAAAAACUUUCAGAAUAGUCGAGCGCGAUCAAUCGCGUUCCUUAUGAAUAAUCAUCGCCAUUGUACAUACUUACACUUUUUAACAGUUCAUUUGUCGUAAUUGUUAUUGCAAUAUUAUUUUAUCACACAACUUGUUACAUUGGAAAAAUAACGAUUUUUAAACUUUUUCCCUUAUUGUUAGCCACGAAAUGCGGAGACGAUGCGAGGUGAUGCGAUGACUGCUUCUUCACCCUUUGCCCUUUUCGCCUUACAUCAGUGUCAACGAUUGGGAUCGGGAGUAUACGGAGGCAUCGGCCUCUUGCGUUUCGUGUGUGACUUUCCUCUCACGAACGCACGCACACGCGUGCGUGCAGCGGGCGUUUAUAGAAGAGGCGCACGCUCCGCAUCCCUCCGGAGUCGCUCCAAGAAUUUCACGGCUUUCCCGUACUGCUUUACGUCAGUGGCACGCUGCUCCCGUGACUAGCCGGAAGCGAUCGACUGUGGACACCAGAAUAGGUCCACUCGAUGAAAUUAAGGAAACUCUGCGACGGUAUAAAAUUAAAUAGGAGAUACAGGGAAUAUUGCAGAAGCGUGAUAAAUUUUUGUGCAAUACAUUAUCCUGAGAAUCCUCUGGAUGGUCAAAAAUAUUGAAAUGGCGGUGGAAAAUUCCAACACAGGAGGACACAGAACGCUGUUUCCGUUUCGAUACUUAAUGGCCAUAAUGGGAUCGAUCGGCCUUGCCAUUCUUUAUGGCUUUAAAGUUAAUGCCAGCGUAGCUAUCGUCGCCAUGGUGAACCAUACAGCCAUUAAGUCAUACAUCAAAUUAUCUAAAUCGUCGAACGAUUCAGAAACUAACAAUACCGCGUUAACGAACACGGACAUUUGCCACUUCGAUGAUACCUCAAACGUCGCGACGACCGAUGACGAGAACGGUCCGUUCAUAUGGAACGAACUCAUUCAGGGUCUCAUUCUGUCUUCCUAUUUCUGGGGCUACACGGUGUCUAUGUUGCCGGGUGGAAGAUUGGCGGAACUCUGGUCAGCUAAGUGGCUGAUGAACGGAUCGGUCCUGUUGAAUGUCGUUGCAUCGAUACUGACGCCCGUCGCCGCGCGUAUUCACUACUGGCUUUUCAUAGUUAUGAGAUUUCUUCAGGGUAUCGGUGGUGGUGUAUCGUUCCCCGCCAUGCACGUAAUGAUCGCCAAGUGGGCGCCGCCGAAUGAAAGAAACGUCAUCGCCUCGAUCGUGUAUGCAGGAACGGCACUCGGUACCGUGAUUUCUAUCCUAUUAACCGGUUUGCUGGCCGCGAAUCUCGGUUGGGAAUCCAUCUUUUACGUUGAAGGCGCGCUUUGCCUGAUUUGGUGCAUUCUCUGGUGGCUAAUGAUAGCGGAUUCCCCGGAAGAACAAACAAGAUUCAUCAAUCAAAAGGAGAAGAACUACAUCAUCAUGUCUUUGGGAGGACACAAGAAGAAUAUUCCCAAAGUGAUUCCAUGGCUACAAGUGUUUCGUUCCAAACCGUUUAUGGCAAUCCUAAUAACUCAUUUUUGCAGUAAUUUCGGCUGGUACAUGUUACUGAUCGAACUGCCCACCUUUAUGAAUCAGAUCCUGAAGUUCGACAUGAGCUCAAAUGCAGGUUUAUCGUCCGUCCCGUUUUUCUGCAUGUGGCUCUUCACCAUGAUUCUGAGCAAAGUAUUAGCCACUCUGCAGGAGAAGGGUCUGAUCACAGUAACAAUCUCUAGAAAAAUCGGCACUCUCUUUGCGUCGGUCGUGCCCAUGAUAUGCUUAAUACAGGUGUCGUACGUCGGGUGCGAUCGCACAAGAGCAGUCGUGCUGAUGACGAUCGCGGUGACUUGCAUCGGCGGAAUGUACUCCGGUUUUCUAGCAAACCAUAUAGAUAUCGCACCGAACUUUGCCGGUAGCCUGGUAGCGGUAACGAAUUUCGUCGCCACCAUACCUGGUUUCGUCGUGCCGGUAUUCGUGGGACAAUUGACUCACGGAAACCAAACCAUAGAGGCAUGGAGAAUUAUAUUUCUCGUAACGGUCAUUCUAUACAUAAUCGAAAUAGUGGUUUACACUACCUUUGGGAGCGGUAACGAACAACCCUGGAACCAGAUUGAAGCACCUGACGAGGAAGCGAACGAUCAGACACUACCUUUAAGGAGAAAUAACACAAAAUAGAAAAAACAUUACGGCUUAAUUUAUGAUUAAUUUAUCGUGUGUUGCGUCGUAAAGGACUUUAUAUGUAUUUUAUAUUCUGCGCAUUUUUAUCGUGAUAGGGGUAAGUUCAAUAUAUUUCACAGUUUUACAUAUAGUUGCAUAAGAUUAUAAAACGAGGUUUAUUUCGUUGUAUAAUAUAUAAAAUAUAUAUUAUUUAUUAUAUAAUAACUAAUAAUAAAAUAU